UGCACCGUUUUGCAAAUCAACAGUGGAGAUAUUUGACGGUUCCCAGGAAGGAAGUGUACCAGGAACUGUUAAGAUGUUGAAGAAAAUUUGCAGUCCAACUCAAAAAUUUGACCAAGAUUAUAAAUUGCCUAAUAAUUACAUCGAAACAGAAAGAUACUCGUCAUCUGCUCGCGAUAUGACAGUAAUUUUGAAACGAGCCACAGACAGUCCUAACGAUGAAGAAUACAUGGAUGUUUCAUUUUAUUUCCACGAUGAAAGGGAAGGUGGCACUCGACAGCCGGAAAGUGUUUGCGAUGUCGAAUAUUAUGGCCUAACAUCUCCAGCUCAGGGUUCCGUAGUUCAUCCGGAACCACAAAGAUUAUUUGUAAAGGACGGACCUGUUAAAUGCCGACAACUUUUUAUUCCUGCCGCCAAUCAAUCAGUUAUUAUAACGGUGGAAAGUUCAGAGAAGGAAAUUCGCAAUCAUACUUGUUCAACAGAAUGUGGCGACAGUGGAUGUCGUUGUACAAUUAGUUCAAAUUUAAUUAAUAAAACAAUGGAUGCAAUAGAUCAUUUGCUACUCGUCUCCGAUACUGGCCAUGUUGUUCAUUGCCUUUGUGGAAAUUAUCAAGGCUGGUUGCCAGUUGGCAUUCGCAGUUCAACGCCAGUUGCCAUAGAAUGGUCACGAUUUUCAACAACUGGACUUUCAUUCAAAGCAGCUUACAAGUUUGCUGAAGAUGUAUUUUGCAAGGAUCACGAAACCACGAAAUCUGAGGGCGAAGUUCAUGUUGGUGAUUCUAUCAACAUUGAAUUCAAACUUAAUCAGUACUAUCAACAAAGAUGCACGUGGACUUUGGUUUCACCUACGAACCGUCUUCUCACCAUUGAAAUUGAAUCAAAUCAAAGUCGACCGUGCACAGCUUGGAACCUAACGAUACACGAAUAUAGAAAAAAAGGCGACGGUACAAACGAAGGACCAAGACUCUACACCUUUUGCUCGAGGGACGGUCACAGAACUUUUACUCUUCCCGAGGAAGUAAAUAACGCGAUAGUUAAAUUACAAGCUUUAGGAAGAACUGCACCGCAGUAUGUAAUGAAAUGGAGGAGCGAAAAAAAUUCUACACAAUAUCGAAAGCAUGGCGAAUCACCUGGCAUAAGUCACAUACCACGAAGCUCAACUGGAAUUCGAAUUACUUCCGGCAAUUUCAUUACUAUUAUAGCCAUUCUAUUUGGCUGCAUUACUUGUUUAAAUUAUAAAAUAGUGUGAUUAGAAGACAAAAUAAAAAACAAAUAUUGUCCAAAAUUGUAAAAUAAAUGUAAAAUAUAAUAGAUGAAACAAUUUACUA